GUGUGGGUUCAGCCGGGCGGGGCAGUAAAGGGUUAAAGAAGGUGCUUCUGCUGCUCCUCUAGUCUAUUUGUUCAGUCUUUCUAGCACGACAACGAACUCACUGACAGCAGCUCAACGGGAUCUUCCUUACGACUCGACACAAAAGAGAGCAGCAGUCAUGGGGAAAGGAUGCAUUGCCGCCACCAAGUACUUCCUGUUCUUGUUCAACCUCUUCUUCUUUAUCUUUGGAGCUUUAAUCAUGGGCUUUGGACUAUGGGUCAUCCUGGAUAACCAGAGUUUCAUCACGGUUUUGCAGGAGUCAUCCACAACGCUGAAAGUUGGCGCCUACAUCUUGAUUGGGAUUGGGUCUCUGUCAAUGCUUAUGGGCUUCCUUGGCUGCAUUGGUGCCAUUUAUGAGGUCCGCUGCCUGCUUGGACUGUACUUCACCUGCCUCCUCCUCAUCCUCAUCGCCCAGGUGACGGCCGCAGUCAUCAUCUACUUCCAGAGAGACCUGCUGAAACAUGAGAUGUCCACUAUUGUGAACACAGUUCUGGUGAACUACACCGGUCAUAACAAGACAUCUGAGCACGCCUGGGACUACCUCCAGAGAACGAUGAAGUGCUGUGGUUGGACUGGACCGUCUAACUGGACGGAGAAUCUGGUGAUAAAGAGUCAAAAGAACAAUUCUCAGAUUCUAUAUCCAUGUUCCUGCAGAAAUGAAUCCAUCAGUGGCACAGAUAUAAAAGAAAAAGGCCUGUGUGAAGCUUUGUCCUCUGAUUGGCCGGUCUUCACUACGGGUUGUGUGUCUAGUGUGGAGGACUGGUUCCUAAGGAACUAUGGAGUUAUUCUGGGAGUCUGUAUUGCCAUAGCAGUGAUUGAGCUUUUAGGGAUGAUGCUGUCCAUGUGCCUCUGCAAAAGUGUCCAACAGGAGGAUUACACCAAAGUACCCAAAUACUGAGAGCAAACCCCCCUCCAGUGACUCAGU